CGCCCCAGGGGGGAGCGCGGCCGGGGGCGGCGUCGCGCAUCAACAAAGGGCGGGGCCGGGCCGUUGCCCGGGCGACGCGGAGGGCAGCUCGCCGCAAAGGCCUCCUCCUCCUCUGCUGCUUCUGCCGGGCCGGAUGGCCGCCGGGGGAGCCUGGCCGCGGAGUAUCUCCGGAGCCAACCCGGGCAACCCUGUCUUCACGUGCCUGGCGGACGCGCGGGCGCUGGUGACAGGCACGCCCCUGAGCGCGCCGGUACCGCUGCUCUACAAGACCACCGCCGGCGAUUACGGCGCCCUGCGCCCCACCUCGGCCACGGCGCCCUGCCGCUUCUGCCCACUGGAGAGCGCCUUCACCGCCCACCUGGCCGCCGCCGGGCCGCCGCAGCACAACGGGAUCAACACGGGCGCCGACCGCUCGCCGGUGUAGCCCCC